AUGGAUGUUAAUGAUCAACAAACAGUAUCAGUGAAUUUCUUAGCCGAUCUUGAUAUCAAUGCUGAUCCAAAACCAUUUUUUAUGAAUCCAAAUGUUACUCUAGACCAACAUAUUCAAGCACAAACGACGAACUUGCCUCGUUAUGUCGCUGCGUUAUUCACACUUAAUGAAAACAGUGUGGAAAUUGGUCAGAAAGCUAAAGCAUGUGUAUUGGCUGCAGCUUGGUCCCGUCAUGAUCAUACUUUAGCCAAUAAUCUUUUACGUCAUCGACGAUUAUUUACUCUAACUGAAGUACUGAGAGCAGUAAUGAUGUUAGAUGCUGGUCGACAACUUCGUGCUUAUGAGAAACAAAUAAAACGUCUUGAAUUAAGCAAAACAAAGCCAAAAGUAACAACAUUGGGUAAAAUAAAAAAUCAUAUCGACAAUCUUAAUAGACUUAAAGCGUCAUCUGGAUCAGUCAGUGGCGCUGUGGCUCGACAUAUUCAGCAUUGGACUCGAACAUUAACUCGACAAGAACACGAAUAUUUUGCACUCCAUAUGCCAACUGAACCAUGGAAAAAAUUAGCUAAUAUCAUUCAUUUUAAUCCAAGCAGAGAUUUUCCUGGCUUACCAUGGUUUUUACCAUCCUGCUUUGGUACACCAGCAUUGGAAGAAACAAUGGUAGCUCGUUGUCAAACUUUAACAAACGAAAAUGUGAAUGAUAUAAUUAAAGAAUUUAAAAUUCCUUAUUCACACUUAAAACAAUUUAAAGAUCAUUUACAUGAUAGAUCAAAAGCGAAAAUUGCAGCGUACGAAGAGAAAUUGGAUACAAUUUUAUGGUAUUACGAAGAUUUACAAUGUCCUGAUGUUGAUGACAUUAUCAGUGAAAGACUAGAAAAUGGUGAAGAAAUUAAUUUACCAUACGGUAAACUAAUGGAACGUCUGUUAAUUCUUCGAAAGUUGAGAGAUACUCCAAGUGAAAUAGCAGCCGUUGGUAAUGUUCAAGAUCAAAAUUUAGUACAAUCGAGCAAAAAUAAAUGCUAUUCUUAUUUAUUAUCAGUUGCUGAAAGUUAA